AAAUUAAAAGGAAAAAAUCAGAAGAUAUGGACAGUAGGUGGUGAUGAAAUGUCAGAAGCUGACAGGCACAUAUUACGGCAGUUGAUGAUUCCAGCUUGGGAUUGAUGCAAGAGCGCUAGACCAAUAAUGGCGAAAGAAGUGGAGGUGGAGGUCAUUCAUUCAUGGUCUACUCCGAGAUCUCUCAGCACCAGCCUCAUGUACUCUUUUGCCCAGAGGGAUGACAUAGAAGUGAUCGAUGAACCUCUAUAUUCAAAUUUUCUUCGGGUCACAGGUUUUGAAAGACCCUACAGGGAUGAGCUACUUUCCAAAAUGGACCCUGACGGAAAUAAGGUUGUCAAAGAAGUCAUUUUCGGUCGCGGCACAAAGAAGUAUAGGUUCUGUAAGCAUAUAGCAAAGCAAUGGGUGUCUGGUUUACCGAGAGACUUAAUGACGAAAGGAAAGCACUUCAUAUUGAUUCGUAGUCCCCUUGACAUUUUGCCAUCGUUUAAUAAGGUAGUGCCACCUUCCUUUGAAGAGUUGGGUCUGGGAUACUUGAUAUCCAUAUACAAUGAGCUCUGUGAGUUGGGAAACCCACCACCGAUAAUUGAUGCAGCCGAACUUCAUGAAGACCCUGAGGCUACACUACGAUGUCUUUGUGAAGAUUUGGAUAUUCCUUUUCAAUCUUCAAUGCUCAAAUGGGAAGCUGGUCCAAAACCAAUAGAUGGGAUUUGGGCACCUUGGUGGUAUAAAAGUGUACAUAAAUCAACAUGUUUUGAGCCAGCAAAAAAGUACCCUGUGCCAUUUACAUUUGCUUACUAUGACUUGCUGGAGCAAUGCCUACCCCUCUACAACUCACUUCGACGCCAUGUGAAGAAAUCAUUAUGUCUCCUCAAGUCUCCCUUACCUCGUCCUGAUCUUCCUGUUCCUGCCAACGAGAAGCUACUUGCAUGGGUUGGUGAUGAGCUUCUACCGCGUGAGAGUGCAAAGGUUUCUGUGUUUGACUCUGUUGUCCAAGGCGGAGAUUCAGUUUGGGAGGGACUCCGAGUUUAUUCUGGGAAAGUAUUUAAGCUUGAGGAGCAUUUAGAUAGGAUGUUUGACUCUGCAAAGGCUUUGGCUUUCAAAAAUGUUCCUACACGAGAAGAGGUCAAAGAAGCCAUCUUCAAAACUCUUAUUCGGAAUGGAAUGUUUGACAAUGCACACAUCCGACUAAGUCUAACACGUGGAAAAAAGGUUACCUCUGGCAUGAGCCCGGAGUUCAAUCUUUAUGGUUGCACAUUAAUUGUGCUCGCAGAGUGGAAACCUCCUGUCUAUGAUAAUUCAAGUGGUAUAACUCUGGUUACAGCUACUACACGUCGUAAUUCACCAAAUAACUUGGAUUCGAAGAUUCACCACAACAACCUUCUGAAUAAUAUACUUGCAAAGAUAGAAGGCAAUAAUGCAAACGCUGCUGAUGCAAUCAUGCUCGACAAGGAUGGUUAUGUGUCUGAAACAAAUGCUACCAACAUUUUUUUGGUGAAAAGAGGCCAGGUCUUAACGCCUCAUGCUGAUUACUGUCUUCCUGGCAUAACUCGAGCAACUAUCAUGGAACUGGUGGUGAAGGAAAACUUGGUCUUGGAGGAGCGAAGAAUAAGUCUAUCAGAGUUUCAUACUGCUGAUGAGGUUUGGACAACCGGAACAAUGGGAGAACUGACUCCUGUUGUAAAGAUAGAUGGUCGUGAUAUUGGUGAUGGUAAAGUGGGGCCAGUGACUCGAAGAUUACAAAAUGCUUACAAAAAUCUGACAGAAGAGUCAGGAGUGCCCAUUCCAACCUACCAUAAAAGUUAAUUAAGACUGCUCCAACAGGUAUGCACACAGAGCAGACUCCAACUACCAUGCAAGAAAUCUACGGUUUAGCCAUUCAAGAGUGGCUGCCUGAAGUUGGAACCAACCACACAUCAGAUUGCUUCUAGGGACACAUGAAUAAAAGAAAUUGCAGUGUUGUACCAUCUCAUCCUGCUAUUUGAACAAAAUUCCCUAUGAAAUUAAUUUUAACAAAGUUGUACAUUUUAUUGAAUGCCGUACAAUGUAUAAAAACUCAAAACGUUUUGCAUACUUUGCUGGAGUUUGUGUGGAAUGCAAACUACAUUGAAUUUGUUUACUGUA